GCAAGGCUCAAAUCGUAGGGUAACCCACAGCUUAGCUAGCAAGCAGCAGCAAGCCAACAUAGUAGCUAGCACGUACAAAUGAUCGCCAUGACUCCUCUUGGACUACUGCUAGUGCUUCUCGUCCUCUGUAGCUCCAUUCUUGUUGCCCAUGGAGGAGACGCUGCAGCCGGCGCCUAUAUGGUCAUAGCAACCAGCACCAUGAAACCGAAAACUUUCUGCUCCGGCCACAAGGUUGCUCCAGGGGACGUGCCGUCGCCGAACAGCACUUGGGCACCGUUGCAUCACCUGUAUGGGCCAUGCUCGCCGGCGCCGUCGUCGGCCAACAGCACCGCCGCCGACGUCGCCGCUUCCAUGGCCGACAUGGUCGACGACGACCAACGCCGCGCGGACUACAUCCAAAAGAGGCUCACCGGCGCCACCGACGACAAGCAGCCGAUGGCCUUUUCGAGCAGAACCUCGCAAUACGAGAAGAACGGCCAGUACGCCACUAAUGGUGGCUUAGGCAGUGUGCCUCACCUCAAAAGUUUAUCAACGACGGCGACGACGAAUUCGGCGCCGGAUGGCACGUCGGCGGUGACCCAGACGGUGAUAAUCGACUCCGGCAGCGACGUUUCAUGGGUGCAAUGCAAGCCAUGCCCCUUGCCGAUGUGCCACCGGCAACGGGACCCCCUGUUCGACCCGGCCAUGUCGACCACGUACGCCGCCGUCCCCUGCACCUCCGCCGCCUGCGCGCAGCUCGGCCCCUACCGCCGCGGCUGCUCCGCCAACGCGCAGUGCCAGUUCGGCAUCAACUACGGCGACGGGUCGACGGCGACCGGGACGUACAGCUUCGACGACCUCACGCUGGGCCCCUACGACGUCAUCAGGGGCUUCCGCUUCGGCUGUGCGCAUGCCGAUAGGGGGAGUGCGUUCGACUACGACGUCGCCGGGUCACUGGCGCUCGGCGGCGGCUCGCAGUCGCUGGUGCAGCAGACGGCGACGCGGUACGGCAGGGUCUUCUCCUACUGCCUCCCGCCGACGGCGAGCUCCCUCGGCUUCCUCGUUCUCGGCGUGCCGCCGGAACGCGCCCAGCUCAUCCCGAGCUUCGUCUCCACGCCACUGCUGAGCAGCAGCAUGGCGCCCACGUUCUACAGGGUGCUCCUCCGCGCCAUCAUCGUGGCGGGGCGCCCACUCGCCGUGCCACCGGCCGUGUUUUCCGCCAGCUCGGUCAUCGACUCCUCCACGAUCAUCUCGCGCCUGCCGCCGACGGCGUACCAGGCGCUGCGCGCGGCGUUCAGGAGCGCCAUGACCAUGUACCGGGCGGCGCCGCCGGUGUCCAUCCUCGACACCUGCUACGACUUCACCGGCGUCCGCAGCAUCACCCUGCCCAGCAUCGCCCUCGUCUUCGACGGCGGCGCCACCGUCAACCUCGACGCCGCCGGGAUCCUGUUAGGCAGCUGCCUCGCCUUCGCGCCCACAGCCAGCGACCGCAUGCCCGGCUUCAUCGGCAACGUGCAGCAGAAGACGCUGGAGGUGGUGUACGACGUUCCCGCCAAGGCCAUGCGAUUCAGGACCGCCGCCUGCUAAGUGCUAAUUCAAAUUUGCUUGCUUGCCAAACUAGCGUAUUGUUAGCUUAUUAUUCGAAUAUAAGCUAGCUAGUUGAUGAAAUAAUUAGUCAAAGUGAUUGUUGUUUAUGUUUUGAUGCCAUGUUUAUCCUACAUGGCGUACUAGUAGAGCAUCUAUCUCUAUGGAAAGGGAUUAAAGUAGCUAGCUUAAUUGCAGCAUUGUCUGCUAAAGUUUAGGCUAGCUACUAAAGCUCUUUUAUUUAUCUUGUCUGCAAUAAUUUGUUAUCUUGAUGUGAUUUCGGUCGUGUGAGAUUGUAAUAUCGAGUUAUGCAUCUCCAUCUUGCAUGUCAAGUGAUGUACUACUUUUUCCAUAUCUAGCAUUUUAUGCAUAA